UGUAGGCUACCCACACCAACAGGCGGCGUGCUAAACCACUGAGAGGCAUUGCGAAGAGAUGCGUGCUCCGUGUUACAGAAUGAUAACUGAUUUAGUAACGUUAUUUCUGAAUGAAUUACAUGUGGUUUAUCUCCUAGCACGAGGGUGAGGGAUGAGCUCGAGCUCCAGUGCUGCUGAUCCAUCAGCUCCUCCUCUGGUCUAACCGGCGUCAGGCAUGUUGUUCAGGAUGGUGAAACUCAGACUACUCAACACGAUUGCUCCUGCAUACUUCUACACGGCAACCGUGGUCACGUUCGCCCUCUACUUCCUCCUCUUCAUGCCCACUGUAUUCCAAAGGCAAGAUGUGAUGUUAAAUCCAACCAUGCUGACCCACACUGCCGUCUUUCUAUUCUUCAUGGGGAACGCGCUGGGUAAUUACACAAUGACUAUAUGGUACCCAUCUGAGAGUGCCAACGAAACAGUUAUUCCAGUCUGUUCACCCGACUGCCCAGACAGAAUUGACGCACACUACCUCCUGAAUGGACGCCACUUCUGUAAAGUGUGUAAGAAAGUGAUUCUAAAACGGGACCACCACUGCUUUUUCACAGGAAACUGUAUUGGUAAUAGGAAUAUGCGCUACUUUAUUAUGUUCAGCAUCUAUACGUCCUGCUGUUGUCUCUAUUCAUUGGUAAUUGGGGUGGCGUAUCUUACGAUGGAGUACUCCAUUUCCUUUGAGAACCCACUGACAUUCCUCUCUCUUCUGCCACUCUCGACGGGUUACUUCUUCCUUGGUUUGAUUUCAGGUCUCCAGUUCUUUCUUGUUGUAAUGCUGUACAUCUGGCUGGGUAUCGGACUAGUGAGUGCCGGCUUCUGUUGUCAACAGCUUCUACUAGUAGCCCGAGGGCAGACCUGGUGUGAGCUGCAAAAAGGGUAUCUGUCAGAGAGUCGGGGGACCUGGCGUGCCAACCUGACCGAUGUUUUUGGUUCCCGUUGGGCUGUGGGCCUUUUCCUGCCAGUUCAGACUGUUGAGAGCGUACCUGGGAAUUGGCAGGUCUACCAUGACCACAAACAUGACUGAAAACCCUAUCAGUGUGUUUAUCAUAAUUGGACCUGUGUGGACCAGAUAUUAUAUGUGAUAAGGGCUUCAGUUCAUGUGACUUGUAUAAGCCUGUGCAAUUGACCUACCUUUUUAGUGGAUUUCUGUCAUCACCAUGCAAAUUAGGAGAACAUUAUGUCACUAAGAUGUGGUAACCCCCAUAUCUAUCCAUCAGCACUAUCCUGAAACUUAAUUUGAGCCCUAGAGCAACGGUAACCUCAGAGAAGGAGGCCAGGAUUGAAGGAUGGAUUUACAAAACAACACACACUAGGUAAUCAGCACACUGUUACACAAGUGGCCUGCUAAAUUGUGGGUGACUUUUAGUUUAGUUAGUAAAAUUUCCAAACAGGUAAUGCAUUGUGGGAAAUGUUCUUCCACCCUGGUCCACGUUAAUAUGACAAAAUAUUAGGGGUGUAACAAUAUCCUACGUCACAAAUUAAUAUAUCGCCACAGUAUCGUUGAUAGUGACAAUAUGUAUUAUGUGUAGUUCACCCAAAAUUUCAAUUUCUGUGUGAGGAAAUAAUUCAAGUUUACAGAGUUUUAGUGUGAGUACUACAUUAAACUAUUAUAUAUAAUGAUGAAUAUAAUGUAUAAUAAUGCAAUGGGGGAAUAUUUGUGGGUCCACAUAUCUUAUUAACAUAAACACCAGUAAAAAGUGGCCUACAUUAUUUUAAAUAUAUGUAGUCAGUGAAAGAGUGCAAUAAUAUUAAUCUAAAAUAGUUCUGUAUUUUCAGUUUCAGAAUCAUGAAUAUUUUUAUUCUGAUGUCACCAUUGUCCUUUGCAUUGUGUUACCAGCACCAAGUCCACAAUGUAAUAACGAAUUUAGCAUUUUAAACAACAGUACAUUUUUUGUUAACCUUUUACCACAUCGCAAUAAUAUCCAGUAUCGAAUCAUUACAUGAGAGUAUCGUUACACCCCUACAAAAUAAAUACUAAAAAUAAACAUACCAAGUCACCACCCUUCACAAGUUACAAUACCUGUCCUGUAUUCAGCAAGGAUGCAUUAAACUCAAAAGUGACAGUAAAUACAUUAAAAAUAUUAAAAAU